AUGGCAUUAGAAGAUUCAGAACAAAAGCAAAAUCUUCUACAUACCAUCUAUUCACAACUGGAUGAGUUAUCAAUAAUCUUUGAAACAGAAAAUAUAGUGGAACAGAUAAAUGAAGUAAAUGGUCAAGUAACAUCUUUACAGCAAAAGAUAGUGGAAAUUCUUCCACAGAUCCAGCACAUGGCUGAUGAGGUGGAUGCCAUUGAAUCUGAAGUGAAAAUGAUAGAGAAGGAUGUUGCCAAAAUUAAGACAAUCUUGUCAACAGAAGAUAUAUUAGAUUUUUCUCCUAAGGAGCAGCUUAGACAUGGACAGGUUAUACUUGGCCACAUCAGUCCCUUGCAGAAGAGCCUUACUGAGAUACAGGGCUACGAAGAAGGUCUUAGGUUACGGGGAAUGAGAAUGGAACCUCUCUCAGUCUUCAGAAGAACAGCCCAACUUCUGAAAGAACUGAAAAUGUUAGAAAAAAUUACCAAGGAACAAAAUGAGCUACUGGAGUCAAUUGUAAAAGAGACAGAUGAAUGCGAACAAGAAAUUGAAAAGUUGAAGCAGUUCUUAAAGAACCAGUUGGGUGAACUGUCAUAUGAAAAACCAUUGUUUCAUCAGACUUCUUCCUAUCCAGAGGGGGAAAUGGAAGACAUAAAAGAGCAGAUCAUCAAACUGUGCCAGAAAAAAGAAGACAUCCUUAGGGGUAUGAAGAGUUCAAUGCUGGAACUCCACCAGCACUUACAGCAAGAACAACCUGAAUCAGAGGAUGAACUUUCUGUGCCUCUGUCACCCGAGGAAACUGGCUUGGUUGGGAAAGAUGCCUCCGAACGGCAGUUGAAAAAGAAAGGAUCAUUGUCUCUCCUACCAUCUUUAGUUGAAGAAACAGAAGACAGUUCAUUCCACAGUGAAGAUGCUGAUGUGUUAAUAGAAUCAUGUGAUAAAAAUGGCAAGGAAACAUCUUUUCAAGUUUCACAGAAAGCUGGAAGUGAUGAAGACUCUGCUACAGACCUUAGUAAUUGGGCAGUGGGUGACACGCCUUCUUCUCACACAAAUACUGGCCAGUGCUUUCAGAACAAACCAGGAGAUUCAAAGGAAACAGUGGAUAGUAAUAGGCCCGAGCCUGAAAAGAUCCUCCAUGUCUGCCAAGUACAGGUUGCUGAGCUGGAGCUGUGGCUAGACAAAGCUAAAGUGUCUCUGGAAUCAGAAAUCCAGACCCCAGAAAUGCAGCAGAUGGUGGAACAGCAGCUUGCUGAUUGCCAGGUUAUGUUAUCAGAGAUUGAACAAAAGAUUGCUUCUUUAUUGGAGGAUUGCAGAGAUAGGCAGCAAAGAGAUCAUGCAGGCCCUCAGAAGGAAGCAGAGGCCCUUUCCUUGAAGCUCAAGGAUGUGAAGUGCAAUUUGGAAAAAGUCCAGGUGAUGCUUCAGGACAAAUACAAUGAAGAACAGCUCAACAACAGUGAAAGGAUCCCUUCAGAACAUCUUCAGCCUGGCAGCUCCGAAGUACCCAACCUCCUUACCACUGAUGCGCCACCGUUCAGCAGGCAUAACCGUUUGCAGCAGCCUCGGGACCUGCCAUUAAAACCGACUGAGCAAAAUAAUCUUGUCGACUUCAUCGAAUUUUAUGUAGAAAAAAUGCAGCCAUGCUUUGAUGACAGCACUACUCAGAAAUUAGAGUCAAGCAGUGACGUACCUAUCCCAAGGAGUGAGUUUGCUGGUCCAUUUUUAAAGGACCAAACUGGUGAUAAGUGGCAAUAUUUACAACAAGAGCUGUCUUCUACGAUGAAGUCUCCUCUGUGUCAGCUUGCUGACCCUCAGAUUACAACAAAACUGAAUAUUCUGCCGAGAGGUGCUGUAUGUGGUAUUGGAAUCCCAACUGUCAAGGAACUGAAAACCUACACCAUGCAGCUUGGAGAUCUAAGCCAAGAAGCAAAUGUUGUGCAGACACAGGAAAAUGGGGCUGGGGAAGCUUCCUUAAAUUUGGACAAAAAGCUCUUUGAGCUGCUUUUGGCAAUCAGUCGAUGUUUGAACAACAUGGAAGAGAUGUUAAACACAUGCGUGCUCUCCAAUGAAGAGGCUGCUGUGCAGCAGGGACUGUAUGAGACUCUGUCUCUAGAGCUGCAAAAACUUCACACAGAUAUCAGAGAUAAAAAGGAUGAUCUUUUAAAGUCUAUUACCUGUGCCGAUGGGAGCGCUGAUGUAUUCUUUGAGUGCUUUAACAACUUGCAAGCCCGGCUGGAACUAACUCAAACUGCUGCUGCUUCUAGAAGCAAAUCAAUGAAAGCUGGGCUGGAUCACAAUAGUAAUUAUCAGAAUGAAAUCAGGCUGUUGUAUGAUCAGUUAAUUGAGAAAAAAUCUACUCUGCAACAAACCUUGAAUGCAAUACGUGGGCAUAAUGUUGCUGAACAACUUCGGAAAACUGAUACAUAUGCGUUGGAGCUACACAACUAUGAGGCCCAAAUAGCAAAACUGAGAGAUCAUGGGGAGAGAUUUCAGUUACCUGUUGCUCUGAUCCAUGAAGUUGAUAAAUUAGAGGAUGUUAUGAAUGAUAUCUGGGGGGUUCUGAGAGCCAAGUAUGCGGAGCUAAACUCUCCUUUCGUCAGCGAGAGCCAGUACGAAGCCUUGAUUUGUGGGCUGGCAGAAUUGGUAGACAUUGGACGAGAGAAGCUUGCGCAGGACCCAAAGCAGCUCGCCAAAAGUAGAGCUACCUUACAGUCUCACCUGCAAAAUCACAAGGGCUUUUUUCACAAGCUCAUCGCUCAUGUGCAUGUUGUGCAAUCGUAUUCCAAGAAGAUGGCUCCUGCUACAUUACAAAAGAGAGAGAAAUUCUGGACUGACCUGGUGGAAGAUGUCAGAUUGCUGGAACAGAAGGCUUUCCAAUAUGGCAUACGCAUAGAGAGUUUAUUAAAGGAAUGGACAGAAUUUGAUGAGGACUCUGUACCUUUCAACAAAGAAUUAGAGGCACUUGCUUCUGCAGUGCCUUCUGUGAAUUUGGUAGAAGAGACAGAAGAAAGAUUAAUGGAGAGGAUUACCCUUCUCCAGCAAACCAAAAGAAACAUUGAUGAAAAACAUGCCAGACUUUACCAGAUGGUGAAGGAAGGGAAGAAAUUGAUGACUGUUGUGAGCUGUCCUGAAUUAGUAAACCAAAUUGGGAAACUAGAAGAACUGUGGUUGUCCUUAACCAAAAAAGUUGGCCAUGAGCUGCACAGACUUCAAACAUUACUCAGACUUUUGGUCAGCUACAACAGAGACUCAGACAAGUUAAUCAAAUGGUUGGAGUCUGCUCAGCAGAGAAUGAAUUUUUGGAAGGAGCAGUCUCUCAAUGUGUCACAGGACCUACAUACUGUCAGAAACAAUAUAGACAACUUGUUUUUAUUUUCUAAGGAAGUAGAUGAAAAAUCAUCCUUGAAGUCAUCUGUCAUAAGCACUGGCAACCAGCUUCUUCACGUGAAACAAAUGGAUGCUGCACUGCUUAGAUCAUCUUUGGCACAGUUUGAGCAAAAAUGGGCAGAACUGAUCACUCAAUUCCCAACCAUCCAAGAAAAACUUCACCAGCUUCAGAUGGAAAAGCUUCCGUCUCGUGAGGCCAUCGCAGAAAUAAUGGCAUGGCUGAGCCAUGUGGAACAACAAAAAGAAGAUGAUGAGGCCACUGUAAAUUUGCAAAGUAACGCAUCCCAAGUCAAAAAUCUUCUUCAGAAAUAUAAGGAAUACAUGAUGGAGAUGAACUUUAAACAGUGGACAGUUGAUUUUGUUAACCAGUCGCUGUUGCAGAUCAGCACUUGCGAUGUAGAAAGCAAGCGCUAUGAAAGGACAGAAUUUGCAGAGCAUCUUGGUGAGAUGAACUUGCAGUGGCACAGUCUGCAAGGGUCUCUGAACAGAAAGAUACAAGAUUUGGAACAUAUUUUGGAAAUUGUCACUGAAAAUGAAAACAAAGCACAAACUCUGAGCAGCUGGCUGGAAGCACAAGGCGAGAGGCUGAAAUCUUUGGAAAAGCCAGCGAGUCUAAUCUCAGUACAGAACACGCUGGAAGACUGUAAGGAAUUAGAAAAUCAGCUUGCAAUUAAAUCCAAAGCUCUUGAUCAGCUAAAGCAGAAUUAUAUGGCUUUGGAAGAUGGUGCAAAACAAACCUCAGAAGAUAUGGCUGUCAGAAUGGAUAAGCUGCAUGAAAUGAGGAACAGUGUCAUCAGUCAGGUAGCACAAUUAAAAACCUCAAUGCAGUCAGUAUUACAGCAAUGGAUAAUUUAUGACGAAGCCUGUGAAGAAGUUAACCUGAUGAUAAUAAGCUCUCUGUAUUGCCUAGAACAAUGCAAACCUUCUGUAAUAUCGCUGGAAGCUUUGAAAGGCCAGGUGAAGACUCUACAGUCUCUUCAAGACAAAGCAGAGAAGAGUGAAGAAAGCUGGGCCAAGCUCCAGGCUUCUGCUGCUAACCUCAAGAAAUACUGUUGUUCCUCAUUUGCAGAGAUUAUUGAUCAUAAAUGCAAGGAGGCACAUACAAGAUGGACUCUGGCAAAUGAAGAAGUCACUGAUGAGCUACAGACAGCACAAGCUUUGUUAUUGCUUUGGGAGUCGUAUGAUGGGUUAUACACUGAGGCAGCAUUGAGGUUAGAACAACAUGAAGAUCAGUGUCAUCAGCUCUUGGGAACUCACUUAUCUGAAGACAACAUGGUGGAAGCCCUGAAGCAGAAGAUACAGGAUGUGAAGAUACUGCAACAAGGCCUUCAAACCAUAAAGGGAAGCUUUCUCCAGGUUUCUGAGUUGACAGACCAGAUAGCCCAACAGGUUAAUGCAGCUACACAAGCAGUUCUUUCAGAGAAGUUGCAUCCUCUCAAAAGGAUAGCUUAUUUGGAAAAGAUGUUGCAGAUGAAAUCAGAUGAAUUUGAGUUCAACCUUUUACAACUGAUGGAUUUCAAUAAUUGUCUGGGCACAGUGGAAGCUCGAAUUAAGACACCUAUAGAAGUUUUGGAUAAGUUGUAUCUACAGAGAAAAGAAGAUGACUCAGAAUUACUCAUGAGCCACACGUUGGAGCUUACUGCAAUGUCUCCUGGCAUUGAGAAUCUGAAUGAAGUGAGCUUUAGGCUACCACUCAGUGAUUUCACUGUGAAGAAACUACAGAACCUGAAUCGACAGUGGGCUCAGAAGACAGCAACAGCCUUGGAGCAUUGCAGUGAAUUUGAGAGAAUUCAAUCGGAUGAAAAGAAAUUUCUUCAGAAAUGUGAAAACUGGAUACAAUUUCUAGAAAAGAUGAAAGAGGGUUUAAAAGUGAAUAUUGCUGGCAGAUUUGAAAAGCUUCAGGAACAACAGAGAAUAUAUGAGAUGCUGCAAGCAGAGAUUUCUGUAAAUCAGCAGAUUUUUAAUUCUAUCAUAUCAAAAGCGUUACUUUUGCUGGAAACAGGAGAAGCAGAAAAAAGAACUGAGUUUAUUUCCAAACUCACAUUGCUGAAGGAACAGUGGCAGAGUGUUAUCCGGAUGGUUCAGCAGAGGAAGAAAGAUAUCGAUGGACUUGUGAAGCAGUGGCAGCACUUCAGGGUUUCUCAACAGAAUCUCACAAAUUUUCUUACUUGUACAAAUAACUUCAUAGCUGCUGUGAAGAGCCAGGACAGCUACAGCCUUUACCAUCUUAGGAAUCUAAUUCAUGAUUUCAAGAACAAGGAAAUACUUCUUCAGAGAUGGCAAACCACAUACUCCCUCACUGUAGAUACUGGGGAGAAGUUAUGUAAAGACUCAGACCUGGAGACCAGUGCUGUAAUACAAGAGGAACUCAGCCAGUUACAGGAGAAUUGGAAUGAUGCCCAGCUUCAAGUGGAGACGAUCGUGAAACAGCUCCUCGGCACUGUGCAGAGCUGGGACAGUUGUGAAAAGCUAAUCAAGGAAUUGGAAAGCAGGCUGCGAGAGCUUAAGGAAAAAGUAAAAGAUCCGCUUCCAGAGGAACAUGAAGAGCUCUACAAAACCAAGGAACAGGUUAAGGAACUGGAGAAGUCACUUGCAGACUGGAAUCAAAACGUGAAAGAACUUGAUAAUAUGAAGGCAGAUUUGGCUCAUUGUAUCCUUGCAGAAGAUGUGGUGCUGCUGAAGGAGCAAGUAGAGCAUUUGCACAGGAAAUGGGAAGAACUCUGUUUGCGAGUGUCUCUGCAUAAGCAGGAGAUAGAGGACAGACUCAAUGCGUGGAUUGUGUUCGAUGAAAAGAAUAAGGAGUUAUGUACAUGGCUGGUAGAGAUGGAAAGCAAAGUGUUACAGACUGCAGAUGUUAGCAUUGAAGAUGCGAUAGACAAAUUAAAAAAGGACUGUAUGGAAGAAAUAAACCUGUUUGGUGAAAAUAAACUUCAUUUGAAGCAAAUGGGUGAUCAGCUGAUCAAGACUAGCAACAAGAGCAGAGUCGCAGAAAUAGACGACAAACUCCAUAAAAUUAACAAUCGGUGGCAGCAUCUCUUUGAUGUCUUUGGAGGACGACUGAAGAAAUUGGAAGGGACCUUUGCUGUCACACAGACAUUAGACAAAAAUAUGAGUACCCUUCGCACCUGGUUGGCUCGCAUUGAGGCCGAGCUUUCCAAGCCUGUUGUGUAUGACAUCUGUGAUGAUCAAGAGAUCCAGAAAAGACUUGCUGAGCAGCAGGAUCUGCAACGCGACAUUGAGCAGCACAGUGAAGGGGUAGAAUCUGUGUUUAAUAUCUGUGAAAAGUUGCUGAGCGAUUCAGAUGCUUGUGCUAAUGAGACGGAAUGUGACUCCAUCCAGCAGACUACCAGAAGUCUGGACAGACGGUGGAGAAACAUUUGUUCCAUGUCUAUGGAGAGGCGAAUGAAAAUUGAGGAAACCUGGCGUCUGUGGCAGAAGUUUUUGGAUGACUAUUCUCGCUUUGAAGACUGGUUGAAAUCGGCCGAAAGGACAGCAGCUUAUCCCAACUCUUCCGAAGUUUUAUACAUAAAUGCCAAAGAGGAGCUGAAGAAGUUUGAGGCAUUUCAACGACAAAUUCAUGAGCGACUCACUCAGCUGGAGCUAAUCAAUAAACAAUAUAGGCGGCUUGCCCGGGAGAAUCGUACAGAUUCAGCCAGCAAGCUGAAACAGAUGGUACAUGAAGGCAACCAGCGCUGGGACAAUCUCCAGAAACGGGUUGCUGCCAUUCUAAGACGACUGAAGUAUUUCACCAACCAGAGAGAUGAGUUUGAGGCAACAAGGGAAAGCAUUCUUGUGUGGCUCACAGAAAUGGACCUUCAGCUGACAAAUGUGGAACACUUCUCAGAGAGUAACUUUGAUGACAAAAUGCGGCAAUUAAACGGUUUCCAACAGGAAAUAACCCUAAACACCAAUAAGAUCGAUCAGCUAAUAGUUUUUGGAGAGCAGCUGAUUCAGAAGAGUGAGCCUUUGGAUGCUAUUCUGAUUGAAGAUGAGUUGGAGGAACUGCAUAGAUACUGUCAGGAAGUGUUUGGGCGAGUCUCUCGAUUCCACCAAAGACUGACUUCCAGGCAUCCUGGGAUAGAAGAUGACAAAGACACAUCUGAAAAUGAGACAGAUGCAGAAGACUCAAGAGAAAUGCAAAAUGAUCCCUGGCAUAAGAAGGCAAUAAAUGAGGUGCCUUCGUCUCAGCAGUCCCUUUGCCAUCUUGUGUCCCCUGCACCAGCUCACGAAAGGUCAGGCUGUGAGACCCCUGUCAGUGUUGACUCCAUCCCACUUGAAUGGGAUCACACAGGUGAUGUAGGGGGCAAUUCCUCUCAUGAGGAUGAAGAAGAAGGAGCAUACUACAGUGCUCUCUCAGAUGUAGAAAUCACUGAAAAUCCUGAGGCAUAUCUUAAAAUGACCACAAAAACUUUGAAAGCAUCUUCUGGAAAAUCCAUUUCAGAAGCUCUUACAUGGCAUUCCCCGGAUAGCCCAGCCUGCAGAAAACAUCAGUACCACCAGGCAAAGAUGGUGAGAAAUGUGCGGUCUGGCAGCCCAGAGACAAGUACCCCAUAUAAGCCAGGCUAUGUUAAACCGCUAGUGUCUGUAAGCAGUGGGAGCACGGACAGUGUGAAAGAAGUAUCCGCUAUAUUGAGUGAUGAAGAGCCCCAAAAUGAACAGGGCCUUGUGAGCAUUGCAGCUGCAGAGGAGCAAUCAGGUACAGGUGUUAUUGAGAGAUGGGAGCUCAUACAAGCUCAGGACCUAAGAAAUAAACUGAGAAUGAAACAGAAUUUGCAGCAAUGGCGACAACUGAACUCUGAUCUCAGUGAUAUUACUGCUUGGCUGGAUAAAACUGAAGAAGAGCUGGAAGAAUUACAGAAAGCAAAGCCUGCAACCAUUAUGCAUACAAUGGAACAAAGAAUAAAGAAACUGAAAGAAAUGCUUAAAGCCUUCGAUAACUACAAGGCUUUAGUGUUCUCUGUUAAUCAGAGCAGCAAAGACUUCCAGCAAACAGAUAGCACUGAAUCCAAAGAGCUUCAAAACAGAGUUCGACAAGUGAAUUUGCGCUGGGAGAAAGUAUCUCAUUCAAUGGACAACUGGAGAAGGGGUUUACAACAAACCCUAAUGCAAUGCCAGGAUUUCCAUGAACUGAGUCAGAAACUACUCUUGGGACUAGCAAGUGCUGAAAGUCGAAGACAUAAUGCACAAUUCACUGAUCAAAAUGCUGACCCCCAUACAAUACUGGAGUGCCAAAAAGAAUUAAUGCAACUGGAGAAAGAGCUGUUGGAACAACAGCUUCAAGUAAACGCUCUACAGGAAAUCUCCACCUACCUUCUGGUAGAAUCAGAUGGAGAAGAUUAUAUUGAAGCUAAUGAGAAAAUACAUGUAAUUGGAAAGAAACUGAAACAGCUUCUUGAACAGGUUUCACAUGACUUAAAAACUUCACAAGGAAAUGUGGACAUCAGUGCAUUUCUGACAGCAGCAGAUGACUUGGAUUCUGGAGGUUAUCAUCCAGUAGUAGUGAAAUCCAGCCUACAGGAAACGGUUGGUGUAAGGAGAACUUCAGAAGGCAAGAGCAACAGUGUCAGAAUGGAAAACCAGCCUGAAACCACUCAAGCAGUUUCCAGCCCCCAGUCCUUCUUUUAUCGUGUAUUAAGAGCAGCUUUACCCCUGCAGUUCCUCUUCCUUUUGCUUCUGCUUCUGGCCUGCAUGAUCCCAUCCUCAGAGGAAGAUUACAGCUGCACACAAGUGAACAACUUUGCCCGCUCUUUCUAUCCCAUGCUGAGAUAUACCAAUGGACCUCCACCAACCUAGAAAGUGUCCCAUCACAAAACAAGUUCUCAUGGGUGCUUAUUUUCAUGCUGCUUCUAUCAAACAGUGCAUUCAUGUACUUAAAUAUAGAAAGUUCCAUAUUGUUUCACAUUUUGACCCUCGCUGCUGUGCUUUCCUGAUGCACCUGUUUCCUGGGUGCCACAGCAAGAGUUUGUGUACUACCACUGAAAUAUAAGUGAGGCAUUAUUUAAAUGGCUUCCUUCCAAUGCAUAGCAGGGAAGGGAACAUAUUAAACCUCACAAGAUCUUUUCAGAAUUUCAGGGUUUUUUGUGGGUAAUAUAGCAUUAAUUGUUUGUACAGAAAAUGAACUUUUUCUAUAGAUUUUUUUUAUCUCUAUAAGCAACAUACUUUGAUGCACUAGAUACGAGCAUUUUAUAAAUACAGUCCUCAUAACUUGGAAGGUCCACAGAACACAAGCUGACAGACUAAUAAUGGGACAUUAGUUACAGACACUAUGGUAAUGGAAUGUUAAGCUUGCUAUUGUCAUAUUAAACCAUGGCAACAGUUUGCAUCUUUGGUAGUGUAGUAAACAAACAGAUUUAAAUUGAUAUUUUUGUUAUACUGUACUUUAUUCAUACAACACUUUCAGUGAAAACGAUACACAUUUUAUGUGCAAAGAGUUAGGACUGCUGUGUUGUAGUUGGAUGUGUCUUUUUUAUACUAUGUUUUAAAUAAGAAUUGAUUAUAUUGCAUGGAAGUGGUUUAUAUUGUGCAUAUUUUCUAAAUGAAAAUAAUUAUGAUGUGGAUUAUACACGAUAUGUAUACAUAUGUAAACUGACUUUUUAAUCAAAGAUUUUUGGUUUAAUAAUCUCAAUAAUGUACAGUAUGCAAGAGAUUUUUAUAAGUUAACUUUAAGAUUCUUCACAUUUAAAGUGAAGCUAAAACUUCAGGUGAUGAUAUGAGAAAAAGUUUUAGUAGAAUAUGAUGUUUGGUGGAGGCCUAGUAAACAUUUUUCUCAUUAAAAUUCUGCUGAUGGUUGGAGUGACUGAA